AAGCAAAAUAGAAAACAAAAAAAAACAAUGUAAAAGGAAUCUUUUGAGCUAACCUUUAAGAAAUGGAGCCCGUGACAAAUGAGUCUACAUACUUCGAGCCAUUCAUUCUAUUCUCUAAUUCAUCCCUCUUCCUUUGAAGUUUUGGCCACAAAUAAAUUUUCACAACUUAAAUUCAUAGCAUCUUUGGUACACAAAUAGCUCUCCAAUUAUAUAGCUGCUUUACUAGUCAUGUUCAAAUAUAUUAUCAUCCUCAUCUUUGCAUCAUUUUCUGCUUCCUUUGUAACUUCAUCUCCAACAGCAACAACAGAAGGACAAGAAGUAGAGGCGCUUCUAAAGUGGCAAGCAAGCAUUGACAACCAAAACCAGUCUCUCUUUUCUUCAUGGGUUGGAAACAGCCCUUGCAAUUGGAGUGGAAUUUCUUGCAAUGAGUUUAGAAGUGUCAUACAGAUAAACCUCACAGGUUCUGGUUUAAAAGGUACCCUCCAUGCUUUCAGCUUCUCGUUCUUCCCCAAUCUCUUAGGUCUUAAUCUUAGCAACAACUCACUAUAUGGAACUAUUCCUUCAUUCUUAGGUAACCUUUCUAAGCUCAUCUACCUUGAUUUGUCUUGCAAUCAACUAUUUGGAAGAAUACCAUCUGAAAUAGGCCUAAUGAGAACUCUACGAAUAGUUUACUUAUUUGAAAACAAUAUUAAUGAAUCCAUUCCCUAUGAAAUAGGAAUAUUGAGCUCACUCAGUGAGCUAGCUUUGUUUAAGAACAAUUUAACGGGUUCAGUACCUGCUUCAAUAGGAAGUUUGGGAAAUUUAUCCACUCUUUUACUUUAUAACAAUGGACUUUCUGGAACAAUCCCCCAAGAGAUAGGAAUGCUAAAAUCUCUAAGCGAGCUUGAUUUGUCAAUAAACAAUCUAACAGGAUCAAUCCCUACAUCUAUAGGAAACUUGGCAAACUUAACUGUUCUAUUCCUUUUUAGCAAUAACUUUUAUGGAUCCGUUCCUUCUGCUAUAGGAAACUUAACCAUUCUCACCAAGUUGCGCCUUAUGGGAAAUCAAUUAUCCGGACCCAUCCCACGAGAAUUUGGAAAACUCAAAUUUCUCACCCAUCUAGGAUUGUUCAUGAAUAAAUUGAAUGGCUCCAUUCCUGUAGAAAUGAAUAAUCUUACAUAUUUGAAGUACUUGGUGUUCAGUAACAACAUGUUGUCCGGUUCUCUUCCACAACAUAUAUGCAUUGGUGGAUCACUUGAAUUAUUCACAGCACAUGACAAUUAUUUGACAGGCCCCAUCCCAAUAAGCUUAAGAAACUGCUCCAGCUUGUAUAGAUUAAGGCUUGAAAGAAACCUGCUAACAGGAAAUAUAUCAGAACAGUUUGGGGUAUAUCCCAAUUUGAACUACAUUGACUUGAGUUAUAACAAUUUCUAUGGAGAACUUUCUCCGAAGUGGGGUCAGUGCCAUAAUUUACAGAGUCUGAAAAUCUCCAACAAUAGAAUUUCAGGUGUAAUACUUCCUCAGCUUGGGGGAAGGAUUCAGCUACAUCUACUUGAUCUCUCCUCUAAUCAUAUAGCUGGAGAGAUUCCAAGGGAGUUGGAGAGGCUAACAUUAUUGUACAACCUUACACUAGCUGAUAAUGAACUUCUAGGUAGAGUACCACCAGAAAUUGGAAAUUUGUCCAAUUUAAGAAUUCUUAAUCUGGCGGCAAACAAUCUAACUGGAUCAAUUCCUAGGCAGUUAGAGGCAUGCUCCAAGUUACAGUACUUAAAUUUCAGCAAAAAUAGAUUUACAGAGAGUAUUCCCUAUGAAAUUGGCAACAUAUACUCUCUUCAAAAUCUUGAUCUCGGUCAGAAUUUACUUAUGGGAGAGAUACCACCACAGCUUGGAAAUUUGGAAAACUUGGAAACAUUGAAUCUUUCUCAUAAUGAGCUCUCCCGUUCCAUCUCAUCGACUUUUGCUGACAUGUCAAGUUUGACAAAUAUUGAUAUAUCUUACAAUCAGUUGGAGGGCCCUCUCCCCAACAGCAAACCAUUCCUUGAGGCUCCAAUUGACGGAUUCAUUAAUAAUAAAGACCUGUGUGGAAACGCUACAGGUUUGAAUGCUUGCCCCUCGACAAUCAGUAAUGGCCCUAAUGGCAAAGAGAGUAGAAAAGUUGUGAUUUUGAUUUUAGUCCCUUCUUUUGGUGCCCUGCUUCUUAUUUUCAGUGUAGUUGGGUUUCUUUAUGUUCUUCUCAACUGCCGAAGGGUGAGGAACAAUCAGAACAGUCCAAGAGAAGCACGGAAUGAUAAUAUGUUCACCAUUUGGAGCUAUGAUGGGAAAAUGGUGUAUGAAAACAUCAUUGAUGCAACAAAAGAAUUUGACCCCAAAUAUUGUAUUGGAGUAGGAGGGUAUGGAAGUGUUUAUAAAGCUGAACUGCCAACAGGUCAGGUAAUUGCAGUGAAGAAACUUCACCCAUUAGAGGAUGACGGAAUCGCCAAUCUAGAUAGUUUUGAGAAUGAGAUUCGUGCAUUGACAGAAAUUCGACAUUGCAACAUUGUAAGGCUUUAUGGGUUUUGUUCACAUUCGCGACACUCAUUUUUGGUUUAUGAGUUCUUGGAAGGGGGAAGCUUGGGAAAGAAACUUAGCAACAAGGAAGAGGCAACAAAAUUUGGAUGGAUUAAGAGGAUAAACAUUGUUAAAGGUGUGGCCGAAGGUUUGUCCUAUAUGCACCACGACUGCUCACCUCCAAUAGUUCAUCGAGACAUAUCAUGCAAGAACAUCUUGUUGGACUCAGAACACAAUGCUCACAUAUCAGAUUUUGGCACAACUAAAGUUUUGAAGCCUGACUCAUCCAAUUGGUCUUUAUUUGCCGGCACGUUUGGAUAUGCUGCUCCAAAACUUGCAUAUACGAUGGAAGUGAAUGAGAAAUGCGAUGUUUAUAGCUUUGGAGUGGUGACAUUGGAAGUGAUCAUGGGAAAGCAUCCAGGAGCUCUCAUCUCACUUCUCUCAUCAUCAUCUUCAUCAUCAGCAACAACUUCAACUGCCCAUGGUACACUAUUGAAGGAUGUGUUGGAUCAACGACUCAAACCUCCUAGAAAUCAAGUCGCAAGGAUGGUGGUGUCUAUUGCAAAGCUUGCAUUUGCAUGCCUGGAAACUAAUCCUCAAUCUCGUCCAACCAUGCAGCAAAUUUCCCGGGAGCUAUCUAUCAAAAGAUCUCCUCUGUCAGAGAUGUUUGGCAAGAUUACCUUGGGACAAUUGUUGGUGUGAUCAUGCUCAAGUGUAUUCCACACUUUAUUUAUUUAUUUUUAUUGUACUACAUUAGGAUGAGUUAUGCAAAUUAGAAUAUUGUUCGUUUGGAUCAAAUUAAAAAA